CUCUAGUGACAGCCAAUUUGGUUUUUCUUUUACGAUAGCAAAUUUUCUGAUCAAGUUUACGUUCGAGAUUGAAAAAUGGCCAGUGAUAAAGUCGACUUGAGUUUGGAUGAAAUUAUCAAGAAAUCAAAAGACGGUCGUGGUAGAGGUAGAGGUGGUAGAGGAAAUUUCAACAACAGGAGAAGCGGUUCUUUCCAACAAAAAAAUGGCGGAGGUAACGCGGUUCAAGGUGUGACACGUGGCAAUCAGGCUUCGAAUCGAAGGGGUAGAACUUUCUUGGGGGGUGUUAUUCGUGGCGGUGUGACAAAAAGAAGCAAUAAAAGUUUCAUUCCGAGAAACUUGGAAGAAAUCUGGAAUCACGAUUUAUUUGAAGAAACAGUCGGUUUUAAUGCAAAUAAUGCUGCCAUUGAAGGACAACUAAUAAUUUCAAAUCUUGACUUUGGUGUCAACGACUCUGACAUAAAGGAACUCUUCUCAGAGUUUGGAAUGUUAAAAAAAGCAGCCGUGCAUUACGACUUUUCAGGUCGAUCACAAGGCACUGCCGAAGUUAUAUUUGCAUCAAAGCAGGCUGCUCUCCAGGCCAUGAAUCGUUAUAAUUAUAUUCCUCUUGAUGGACGUCCAAUGAAGAUACAAAUUGUCGAAAAUUCUUCAAUUGAAAAUCGUCUGAGAAGGGGAUUCAGCAGCAGCAACAAUAAUGCCAUUGGUGGUCGUGGAAGUGGAAGAGUGCAGAACAAAUCAUUCAACAACAACAACAGCAUUGGCAACAACAACAGAUCCUUCAACAGUAGUAACAACUCGUUUAACAGAUCUAACAUUAGGAGAGGCUUCAACAACAGACGAGGAGGUCGUGGUGGCAGGGGAAGGGGUGGCAGACUGAACCAACCUGUCCUGACCAAAGAGGAGUUGGACGCUCAACUGGAUAGUUACAAUAAGAUGGAGACCGAGUAAGGCCCCUACAGAAAGAACUGAACAGUGAAGCAGAAUUUGAAAGAAUUUGAAGCAAAUGUUGACAUGUUCUUAUUGUCUGUAAAUAACUGACAACAUAUUUUUAUUUAUUUAUGUCUGUAUAUAAAAUUUAGAGAAUAUUUUUUUUAUGAAUGGUUCUUAACAUGUUUGUGUUACAGCUUUCCAUAUUUCAUCACCCGUUGAAAUGACUUAUUUUAUUUAUCAAUAAUAUGAUCUGAACUUAAAUAUCGACGUAUCAAUAUUUUAUAAUUCGCGUGUGUACAUAAUAUUUGUUCUCGAAAAGUUAGAAUAAAAAAUUAACUAUA